AUGCAGGCUUCCCAUUUUUCCUUCUGGCCCAACACGAUGAUAGAUGAGGCUGAUGACUAUGAGGACUACUACUAUACAGAAGCGAAGCAGGACACCAACCUCCAGAAGGAGCUCUCAGAGGGAUUUAGCUGGAUGGAGACAUCUUUAGGUGACAUCUUUUACAUGGAAGACUCAUGUUCCUCCAACCCCUGCAAGAAUGGUGGUACAUGUGAAGCCAAAGGAAGUGACUUCAGCUGUCACUGCCCUGAGCCAUACGGUGGGACUACAUGUGAAAAAGUGGAGAACAUGUGUCUGGAGAAGAACUGCCACUUUGGCGACUGCCUGAUUAUAUUAACCCCACCCUAUUUUAAGUGCAGCUGCAAGCCUCCCUACAAGAGACCCUCCUGCCAGCUCGCAUCCAAACAGUGCAGCCCAAACCCUUGCAAAAAUGGAGGCACCUGCAUACGGAACAGAUACAGAUCAAAAUUCACCUGCAGGUGCCCUGAACAUUUCAGAGGGAGAUUCUGCGAGAUUGGACCAUAUGAUUGUUAUGAAGAUGACUCCUCUACUUAUAGAGGUAGAGUGAAUCAAGCAGAAAAUGGCAGGACCUGCCUGCACUGGAAUUCCCACCAUCUCUUGGACCAUCCUUUUAAUGCCUUUAUGGAGGAUGCUGACUCAUAUGGCAUUGGUGAACACAACUUCUGCAGGAAUCCUGAUGAGGAUGAAAAACCCUGGUGCUACGUCAGGAAAAAUAAUGAAGUGGAUUGGGAAUACUGUAAUGUUUCACCCUGCUCAGCUGAAGAGACCCCAACAGAACCCCCUACAGACCCCCCUGAAAUAUUCCAAACAUGUGGACAACCAGAAGUUCGUAGGACACUCAAGAAGAUCUAUGGUGGAUCCAAGGCCACACCUGGAAAACAUCCUUGGAUGGCAUCUCUGCAGAGACCCACUCCAGAUGGGAAUAAACAUUUCUGUGGUGGAGUGCUAAUUAAAUCAUGCUGGGUUCUUACUGCUGCACACUGCCUUGAAAAUGUAAAAACAAAGAUCCAAGUAGCCCUUGGCAAGCAAAACCUCAAGGAGAAAGAGGAUCAUGAGCAAAUAUUUGAUGCAGUGCAAAUAAUUUUACAUGGCAAAUACAGAGAGGAGGAAGGUCAUGCUCUAUACAAUGAUAUCGCACUACUUAAACUGCAGCCUGUUGACGGUUACUGUGCAGUGGAAACAAAGCAUGUGAAAAUAGCAUGUCUCCCAGACUUCUUCCUUCCUGCUGGGACUUCCUGCUUCAUUUCUGGAUGGGGCGACACAGAGACAGGUGACACAUCCCAUCAGCUGUUAGAUGCCAAUGUCAAGCUGAUUUCACAGAGGAAAUGCAAUGAACCCAAAAUACAUAAUGACAAACUGGAUGAUAGCAUGUUUUGUGCAGGAAAUCUUCGGAAACCUGGAAUCGAUUCUUGUCAGGGAGACUCUGGAGGCCCACUGACUUGUGUAGAAAAUGGCUCCUACUACGUAUACGGCCUUGUGAGCUGGGGUGAGGGAUGUGGGUUGAAAAACAAGCCAGGAGUUUAUACCCAGGUGACAAAAUUCGCCAGUUGGAUUAAUGAUGUAAUUCAGUCUUCAUCAAGGUCGCAUCAGUAGGGGAGAGCUUUGGAAUGACAAAAGGUAAGAUUGAGAGUUUUACUGGUUUUAUUCUUUCCCUAAAUGCCUCAUCUUUGAUGAAAAAUAUUGCUGAUAUUUUCUCAUGGCCUACAUGGGACAUCCUUCAUCACCAUCUUGAAAAUAACCUUAAGAGUGUUAGCUAGAAUGUCAGUAACAGUUUUUCUGUUGUGGGCUUUGAAAUAAGCCCACAUUUUUUAGCUAAACAGAUCAGAAAGUAAAGCUACUCUAUUUUUUCCCCAAACAAAUCAAAGGCCCUGAUAUCAUGUUUCUAGAUCUGCUUUUCAAGCCAUGAAAUUUCUCCCAUCUCAGCUGCUGCCAGACAUUUGCUCUUCCCCUCAUGCUCCUGUCUAAGGUGUGUUUUUUCUGCACUCAUUGGACCCUGACACCUCAAAGCUAUUGGUGUGUGCUCCAUUACCAUUUUUCACACACAUAAGAAUCACCAUGUAGCAGAGUUUGCCAGAUUGCAGCCAUUAGAACUUCCUGAGGAGAGAGGAUCAGACAGGACAAAUAUUUUUAAAAGCACUUUUGUAGGUAAAUAACUACAAAUUUCAUUAGUGAUGCAUUUCAGAUUGAAAAACCAAACAAACUUUCAGUACUAGAAUUAUCCACUUUAUUCCUGGCGAGAGAAUAAUUACAUGUCAUGCUCCAGAUCUACAAUGGUUUAUAUGUACUUAACCAGUGAGAGCUAGUAGUACUAAAUGCUAUUAAAAAAAUCUGUCUAAAGCCAUUGGAUAAUUUGAGAGUUCUCAUAAGAUGUACCGGUCAAAUUGUAUAACUUUUGCCCAAUGAUUCUGCACAGAAAUUUGAAAAACAAGGGAUUGGUAUUAAAUCAGGAUAUAAAGAAUAGAUUUGUUUGUGAAGAGUCAAUUUCUUAAAAUAGUAAUGUCACUCUCACUUUAAUUCCAGGGUUUACAACCUUCUCUAAGCAGCUACCUAAUCUGUCAAUAGCUACCCCUACUGCAAAGAGUAAUUCUGAUUUUUUACUUUGGAAGGUUUGAAAAAAACUGAAGAACUGAUUGAGACCUGAAUACAUCCUGAUAGUCUAGAACAGAUUCCCUGAUGUCUGCUAGAAGACCU